UUUAACUAAGGUAUAUACGCAACUUAAUAUCACAAGACUAGCUAGACUCGGCUUAUGCUCUUCCAAGAGAGCUAUAAGAGUGGCAGGUUGAAUAGGAAAUUAUGCCGAACGGGAUCGAUUCGAAUUUCCGAAUUAGGAUUCCAAACCUCUUGAAUCCAACUGCAACUGUACGUGAAGAGCCACUUGACGCUCCAGAUGAGGUGCAGAGACAUUGGCAGAAAACUGCUGGGAUUACCCAAGAAAGUCUUAAUAGAAACAUCUUUCAAUAUCAUGGCUUGCACAGCGUAGAGCGGCCGCACGGCCACAACGUUGAAUCUAUCCCUCUGGAUAACGCUCGAGCCUUAAGAAUUGCUGAGCUGAUCAACGACUAUCGUACCCUACUGAUUUAUAUAAUGAACUACACAGAGUGUCUUCUAUCAUUAAAUGAUUACCGACAUGAAUGCUCUAGGAUUCUCAUUCAGAGCCGCCAAGCUGCCCAGGGAAUGCUUAUCGAUAGCUACAUGCCACCAUUUACCCCUAGACACGGUAGGGAUGAGGGAGAGAUGACAACCCAACUCAAAUACAUUAUAAUCGACUCGAGUGCUCGUCGGCACCAAGCAUACAAAAUCUACCUUAGCGCGGCAGCCGCCACUCGCUGGCUAACGAGCCGCACCACUGUCCUCAAUUCAAAACCUAAAGAUCUUGCCAAGCAACUAGGGCAGAUUGAUGCUGUAUUGGAUGCUGACUUAGACAGUAUCUCGGACCAGUCAGUGGCUGUUACUCUCGGCAAGGCCGACCUGAAGGCAGGAUACUGGCUGGAAGAAGACCCUUCUCUUCCGACGAUUCUUAGCUGGACUGGGCUCACAUACUUGCAUAAGUACAUUAUUCGUCGACAGCAGACCUGAUAUCUCUGAAUUUCCCGUUUGACGAACGUCUAUACAAUAUAGUGGAGUGGAUAAAUGAAGGUUUAUGUUGUGGAACUUGGGCUGCGGCACUGUCCUUUGAUUAUGACCUGGUUUGUGCCCAAAAAGCUUGUUUCUAUGGAGCCUGGCGAACAAUCGGUAUAUUUUAUGCAUAAUUGAUCAUGGUUCGGUAACGUAUCU